AUGCCUCCCGCCCGACGCCAACGCACAGCUGUACAACAACGCGCAGAGAAUGCAAAUCAGCCAUCGGUAAACGAUCUUCGACAACAAUGUCUAGAAAAAGGUUUAUCUGACCAUGGUCGUCGAAAUACGCUGGUCGCGAGACUGCAACAACAUGCUUCAACGUCGUCGACGAACAAUACCGCCACAGAAGCAGCGACAAUUGUUGAUAUUGCGAACAACAGCGAGCAAACACCACUCGUCGAGCGAAGAUCUGUGUCACACGAAAGCUCAAACGAAAACCCUCUGCUGAACGACGCUCAGUUGGCCCAAAUCCAAUCAAUCGUCGCGAAGACGGUCGAACAAUCGGUGAACGAUAUCGCAACAAACGCCGCUCGUGCUGCAGUACAAGCCAUGGCAACUGCGCCUUCGUCAGCGCCUACGAAUGAGCCACAACAAACCACGGGCACGGAGCUUUGCCCAGUGUUGAUAAACCACACCACGCCAAUCUCGACGCCAAGGUUCCAAACGUUCGAGCCCGAAGCGCCACAUUCCUCUUCGCAGAGUCUUCCCGCUAGUAAUCAUCUCCCAUACGGACAAUCUUUCCACGACCUACCGGCAUCGUACGUGAAGAAGAUCCAGUCGGGUGAGUUUUUUGAGCUGUCAAAACUUUUGCCAAAAAAUUUAUGCAAUACGGUAGAUGAACAGCCCGUUGUACUAACGGUCGAAAACUCUAUUGUUAAAGUUAAGCAGUCCACAACAAAUAUCACGGACAUUGAUAAGUGGACAACAGCCUUCACCACCUAUAUGAGCGUUUUCACGCAUCAAUUCCCUAACAGAGCCCAGGAAUUGUUGCAAUAUAUGACCAUUAUUCGCCAUGCUGCUCAUUGUCACAAAGGGGUGGGUUGGUGUAUUUACGACAUCAAGUUUCGUCGGAAGGCUGCACUUAACCUAUCCCUCAACUGGUCCGAAAUAGACCAGCAAUUAUGGUUGAUGACCUUUACAGUACCACCAGCCAGUCUUAGAGAGGAAUACCCUCUUUUCCAUAAAGGACCUCAACACUAUGCCACCCCGGGGACCGAACAAGGGGGCAUUUGCCGAGAUUUCAAUAGGAGCGGCGCUUGCAAACGAGCGCAGUGCAGGUACCGACAUAUCUGCAAUCGCUGUGACGGGGAACAUGCCGGUCUUUACUGUACAGAGAGCGAAAGUCUCCAACCAUAUAGAAAACAAGGAAAGGUCCAUUCAUCCAGCAGCCAGCGCCAUUCCAACCAAGACAAACGAUAG